AUGGAAACUUAUUCGGAGACCUACGGCUACAUGUACAUGCUGGCAGCCCCUCCGCAGAAUGUCCCCGCCAACUGGGGGUCGUCCUCCACGUGCAGCUACGACAGCUACUCCGAGGACAACUACAAGACUGCAAGUCCCGAGUCUUUGGCAAGGAAUAAGAGUCGAGUGACGCCUGUAAUCCUGAGGAAGAGGCGCCUAGCGGCCAACGCCAGGGAAAGGCGUCGAAUGCAGAAUUUGAACCAAGCCUUUGAUCGACUAAGAACUUUUCUUCCUCAGCUGGGCCAGGACAGGCAGUUAUCCAAGUACGAGACCCUGCAAAUGGCACAGACCUACAUCACGGCGUUGUACGACCUCCUCGACCAACGUGAGCCUGUGCAGUGA